AUGAAUUUGUCAGAAGAAAGCCAGAACACGAACGGGGUUUCCGUGAAGAAAGAAGAGAUGCCCUUCCCGCCCAAUGGUGCCGCGCAGAGCGCCCACGGGACUCCAGAUCUCGGUGCCCGCGGCAACUCCAUCGGUGCCGAGGAUCCUGCUGUAUCCGUAAAGGCAGAACAGUUUUCAGAGAUUGAGCAGAACAAGCUGGACCUGCAGAGCAUCAGCAACGAAUUGAACCAGUUUGAUUCCGCGCAAGAGGCAGGGCAGGUGCUGCCUCCGCAGCCGGCAAGUCUGAAAAUCGUAAACAGACAGAUCACGGGCUACGUCGGGUUUGCCAACCUCCCCAAGCAAUGGCACAGAAAGUCCGUUAGGAGAGGGUUUAACUUGAAUGUCCUUUGUGUUGGUAGAACAGGGCUCGGUAAAACAACUCUAAUCAAUUCGCUGUUCAACGAGAAUUUCAGUGACACGGGUGUGAGGAGUGGAGAAACACCUGACGGUAACGACCAGAGUCUUGACGAGGAUACUCUAGGCGACAAGAACUCCCAGGUGGGGGGGGCAGUCAGUAUGCGUAACACUGUCAAGAUUGAAACACAAAGCAAGACCAUUGAGGAGAACGGUGUCAAGUUGAAGUUGACGCUUAUUGACGCUGCUGGGUUUGGUGAUGCAAUUGACAACACAGACUCUUGGAAACCCGUUCUCAGCGAGAUCAAUUCCAGGUUUGAUCACUACUUGGACCAGGAGAACAGAAUCAACAGAACAAAAAUCGAGGACAACAGAGUCCACGUCUGUCUGUAUUUUAUCGAACCAACGGGCCACUACUUGAAGCCACUCGACUUGGAGUUCUGCUCACAAGUACACGAUAAAUGUAACUUGAUCCCCGUUAUCUCCAAAUCGGACAUCUUGUCCGACGAAGAGAUCGAGCUGUUCAAAUCAAGGAUCUCCAACCAGUUGAGAGAGCACGGUGUCACUUUGUUCCGGCCACCAGUCUACAAAAUGGAUGACAACGAAACGAUCCAGACUUCCAAGACUUUGUACGAAAAGAUGCCAUAUGCAGUCGUUGGGUCCAACAGUUUUGUCAAGGAUCCAAACAAUCCAGAAUUAAUGGUGAGGGGCCGUGAGUACCCCUGGGGGAUCAUCGAGGUGGAAAACUCCAACCACUCCGACUUCAACUUACUCCGUGAUCUUUUGAUAAAGCAGUACUUGGAAGAACUAAGGGAACGGACCGCACACGAACUGUACGAAAACUACAGGUCCAAGAAACUGAUAAGCCUCGGGAUCAAGCAGGACAACUCUGUCUUCAAAGAGUUCGACCCGAACACGAGACAGGAGGAGGAGAAGAGGCUGCACGAGGCCAAGUUAGCCAAACUAGAGUCUGAAAUGAAGACCGUUUUCCAGCAAAAGGUCACCGAGAAGGAGAAGAAACUACAAAAAUCGGAAACUGAACUGUUCGCCAGACACAAGGAAAUGAAGGACAAGUUGACCAAGCAACUGAAAGCAUUGGAGGAGAAAAAACACCAACUGGAACUGUCCCUGGCCAACCCGAGCACGAGCUCCCCAGUCCCUCAAAAGAAGAAGGGGUUUUUGAGGUGA